UAUCUAAAGGGGAGCUACAGGAAAGAAAGGGGCAGACUCUUUAGCAGUGUCUGUGGUGAUAGAACGAGGGGAAAUUGCUUCAAGCUUAAACAGGGUAGUUUUAGGUUGGAUAUAGGAAGAAAAUCAUUUACGGUGAGAAAUCUUCUAUGCUGAAGCACUGGAAAAGGUUGCCUAGUGACGUGGUUGAUGCCCUGUCCCAAGAGACUUUCAAGGCGAAGCUGAAUCAGGCCCUGGGCAACCUGAUCUAGCUGAGGAUGUCCCUGUUCAUUGAAGAGGAGUUGGACUAGAUGACCUCUAAAGGUCCCUUCCAACUCUAAGGAUUCUAUGCUUCUAGUUACACAACCUGAAAACAUCUUCAAUUUAUUUUAGUUUUUUGAAAGGCAGAUGGGAAAAAUUUUUCAUCGUAUCCCAAAACCAAGAAUGCAUCAUUCUUUGACUUACUUAUUGUGUAUUUCAUGACACAGUGAAGUAAUAGUUUAUAAGCUGUCUUCUGGAAUGCUAACGCCCAGGAAACCAGUGUCACAUUCCAUACAAGAGGAAGCCUCAGAAUGCAAUUUGCACUUUUCCAAAGAUGAAUUCCAUAUCAACUCUCCCCCCAAAAUACACCUUUUUCUUUGAAAAACAUCUUUCCCAUCUUAGUUCUUGGCACCUAGAUAGGAGAGUCGCCUUGGUUUGUUCGCUCAGCUGGAUCCAUGGGCUUGGCUGGACAGCAGCACUUAGAUUCUAAGAAUAAAUCGCAAACUCAAACAACAGUGAGUUCAGCCACUGCUGUUCUGCCUUUGAAAACUAUUGAGAGGACUUUCUUUUCUGGAGAGGGGAAUGUUGGCAAGUGAGUGGAAGAUCUAUCUCACAGAACACCUUCAUCCCGAGUGCCAUCUGAUGAGUGUGCAGAAAACAAGGUUCUUUUCACCCUCUCUAUUUUGUUCAGAGUUUAUUUCCAGAAUAAUUUUUUGUGUUACAAGCCCAAACACCAGAAAUAGCCAUGAUCAAGUACACUUAUUGAGAAGUUCCAUGCAAAGAUAACAGCAGGUACUAGGGUAAUAUCCAACUGAAAGUCUGCAUUAAUUCUGAAUAUAACCUCUCACAAUACCUACAAAAAGGCUUCUCCCAACUCACCAAGAGAUGCUGCUAAUGGGGUACAGUGAGGAAAAAAGAGCAAUAAUACAAUUUUGAUAGAAAUGUCAAGCUACUUACUAUUCCCGUCUUCUACUUGUGGUUUGGCCAAGGACUCAUCUUGCUCUUUUAUCUCUUUGAAUGAGAAGGCUGGAUGGAUAGAGAAGUCCUCAAGGAGCCCCAAGCUACUUCCUUCUCCAACUGAUUUAUUUCCUCUCAUCAUUCUAAGUGGCAUUCUCCUUUUCUGUUCAACAGGCUGAGCCACUGCUCCAGGGCAUGAUAGGACCUGCACCUGCUUUCCAGAGACAGCAUUAACCCUUGCUUUUCUAAACGACAUCUGUGAUUAGAGGAACAUACCUUGGCCUAGAAUAUAUGAGAAAAGGAAAUGGAGGUGAUGGAGGAGUAAUCAUUAAUAUCUCAUCACUGGCAGGACUCAUGCCUGCUGCAUUCCAACCUGUGUACUGUGCUACAAAGCAUGGUGUAAUUGGAUUUACACGCUCAAUAGCAUUAGCUGCUAACAUGGAAAACUAUGGUGUGAGACUCAACACAAUUUGUCCAGGAUUUGUCAACACACCAAUUCUUCAGUCAAUAGAUAAAGAAGAGAAUAUGGGCCAAUACUAUUCAUACAAGGAUGAGAUCAAAAAUAUGAUGCAGUUCUAUGGUGUGAUGGACCCAUCAAUAAUUGCUGAAGGACUGAUAACAAUAAUUGAAGAUGAUACUCUGAAUGGAGAAGUUAUGAAGAUUACAGCAUCCCAAGGGAUUCAUUUUCAAGAAUACAGCCAAAUACCUUAUACAUCAAAGAGAUAAAUCUAACUGUUUUACUCUAAUUAACUUUUGAUUUUUAAAAUAGAAAGAAUUUUGGAAAAAUUUUUGGAAAAAAAGGUUAAUGAUGUAUCUAAAUCAGUGACAGUAUUCCAACAUUCACACCCUAAUUGCAGAAAUGGAGAAGAAAAUCAAAACUGGGGAAAAAGUUAUCAACUUAUUUUGAUUCCAUAUACACUGAUAUUAUUUUUUCAACAGAAUGUACACACUCUUCUGAAGAUUUCUGAUUGCAUAGUAACAGGGGCCAGUUUUUUCCUUCUUGUAGUUCUGUGCAAUCAUCCAGUCUACAUACUCCAUGCAUAUUUUGGUGGACCUGACUUAGUAUAAUUCUUUUCACAGAAACAAAUGUAUUAUUAUUUACAUCUUGAAUUCUUCAAAUCAAGAAUUCAGUUCAGGAUUCUAGAACAAACCGUUAAAAAUUAAGAAUUUACUUUUUCUUAUAAAAACACAAAAAUAGAACAAUAGGCAAAAUUCUUGUUCCUCAUUUAUACAUGCAAUUGAAUAUGUAGCAUAUCAUAUAAAGAAGAACAGAUUUUUCUCCUCUUGGAUUAUAGCUCUUAUAGCUCUUGGAUUAUAGCUAUUUAUAAACUACUUCUAAAAUAUUUUUGUUUUCUUUAUAUAUAUAUAUAAAAUAUAUACAUUCUAUAUAUAUAUUCUAUACAUAUAUAUAUAGAUAUAGAUAUAAAUUCUCUCUAUAUAUUUUAUAUAUAUAUAUAUAGAAAACAAAAAUAUUUUAGAUAUAUAUAUGCCUGCCUUGACUGAUUAAAACUUGAAUUAAAUCCUGAGUGACCUGCUUGUUUCACAUUUGUACCUAUCCAUUUUGGUAUUGUACACUUACUUUUAGAUGUAAUGAAUCGUACAACAGCAACAGAACUGAAUUGAUGAGUUUCCUACUUCCGAUGCUCCCCUGGACUUUCUGAAUUCAGUUCAAUCACCAGCUAUAAAUAUGAAACAAACCUUGGUACUCCAUGGGCUAUAUACCUGAGUAAAAAUACAGUUUAAUACAGUAAUUUAUUCAGACUCAUAGCAUAAGAAGAUAUAACCCCUAUGAAAGCUGGAAAAAGUUAAUAGUCAACUUCCUUGGGAAUACUGUCUUUAAUUUCACUGAUUUAAGCAUUGCUUUUUUUCAGGAUUGUAACUAAAGAGUGGAAACACUAAUAUUUAUCUUUUGUGGAAGUCAGCAAGUAAUAAGACUGUGGGGAGAAGAAAAGAAGCAGACACACAUACCUUGAAUUACUCACUAUUCUUCCCUUGCAUCCAUUUUUGGCUAUGAUAACACAGAUAUUUUUAAAGCCUAUUUUGAAUGAACACGUGGUGCUAGCCACACCAUCAGCAUCCCUUAGAGCAUCUGUAGGUCCCUCUGGACUAGCAUCUGCUAUCCGUCUUGACUGUAUUAAUUUCUAGAUUUAUUUCAUUAAUAUCAGAACAUGAUAAAAGAUCUUACAAUUAGUCUACAGGACACCUGGAAAAUCUGAAACUAUAUUUAGGAAAAAAAAAAAAAGCCGGA